UAAUUUUUAUUUUUUUUUUUGUAUACAUCCACAUGAGCCUCAGAUCCUUCAUUGCAUGUGGCACUAUAUAAAUAUAGGUUGGAUAUAUCUAUAUUAUAUAUUGGUCAUCACCUCUUCAAAAACAAAAUCAUCUCAAACUAAUAUCAACUCUUCAAAAAAAUCUCAAAUUAAUCAAUAAUGGAGUUUAAAAGUUGCAGUUUGAUUGUGCCAAGUGUGCUUGAAAUGACAAAAGAUCCCAAUAUGGUGACAGUUCCAAGUAGAUACAUCCAACUUGAACAAGAUCAAUUAGAUGAAGCCAAUAUUGAUCUCAAUUCUUCUUCUGAUGAUUUCCCAGUUAUCAACUUCGAAAACUUGUCAUUGCCAAUGUCUCAUCAUAACUCACAACUCUAUGAAUCUGAACUCACUAAGCUUGACUUAGCAUGCAAGAACUGGGGCUUCUUCCAGCUGGUAAAUCACGGUGUAAGUAAUUCUGUGGUAGAAAAAAUGAAGGAAGAAGUGAAAAAAUUGUUCGAAUUGCCAAUAGAGGAGAGGGAAAAGCUAUGGCAAAGGCCGGGAGAAGUAGAAGGUUUUGGUCACACUUUUGUUUUUAACGACCAACAAAAAGUUAAUUGGAAAGAUGACUUGUUUCUCUUUACCUUACCACAUGCAUUGAGAAACCCUAAUUUAUUUCCCAAUCUCCCUUCUUCAUUGAGGGAAAUUUUGGAAAUUUAUUCAUCAGAUUUGGCAAAGCUAGCCAAAAGUAUAAUCUCCCAAAUGGAAAAAGUUCUUGGAAUAGAAAACAAAGAAAUUUUAAGGUUAGUUGAAUUUGAUGGAAUGCAAUCAAUAAAUAUGAUCAACUACCCUCCAUGCCCUCAACCAGAGAAAGUUAUAGGUGUGAAACCUCACUCUGAUACUGUGAUCCUUACCAUUCUCCUUCAAGCCAACCAAGUAGAAGGCCUCCAAGUAAAGAAAGAUGGCAAGUGGGUCCUUGUGAAGCCUCUCCCAAAUGCUUUUAUUGUCAAUGUAGGAGAUAUACUAGAGAUUUUAACAAAUGGACUAUAUCCUAGCAUUGAGCACAGAGUUGUAGUAAACCCUAAGGAGGAAAGGCUCUCAAUUGCUACAUUUCUUAAUCCAAAUUUAAAAUAUGAUAUAGGCCCAGCCUCAAGCUUGAUCACUCCACAAAAUCCUCCCAAAUACAAAACAGUUACAAAUAAAGAAUAUGUGAAGGGUACAUUUUCCAGUGAACCUGAUGGAAAAGCUUAUCUUGAUAUUAUGAAAUUGUAAUUAAGCUUAAUUAAUUACAUGUACUGAAGGACUUGAAUCAAUAAUCAGUUUAUUAUUAAGAUAUUUCUUUAAUAAAAUAAUAAAUCAAGAGAUUGUUCUUGAGGUGGAUUUUAUCCUUGCUACAAAGGCAAAAGAUACAUUACUAGUUACUAGUUACUAGUUGCUAGUAAAGUAAUAAUGCCUUUAUUCUUAAAAUUAUGUAAUAUGUUAUUCAUAUUAAAUAAUGUAAACUUUAUUAGAAGGCUUUCUUUGA